GAGACUACCAAGAACUCCAGAAGUGGUUAGACACCAGUGAACAAAACUGAAAAAAAGAUUUAAUCAGCACCAUGACUGAGAGACGCGGGAUGCAAAUUACAAACAUUUUUUUGUUUUUUUUAAUCUUUCCCAUUUCCUUGGAAGGAUGCUGUGAGGGAAACCAUAAAAAGAAAACAACAGGUCUUCAGCAAAAUAUACACCAGCACUACAGAGCUGUGGAGGGGGAAAUGUUUAUGAUGCCGUGCUUAAAGUCUGUGAGCCAGGUGGUGUGGUCCAGCACUGGAGAACAAAAUGAGCGCCUAUCAUUCGACUGUGGCAGCAAGUUUCUAGCUGAAGCAAAACAUUCUGGAAAUUACACGUGCCUCACAUGUUAAUGUCAGCCGCUCCACUCCAACAAUUGUCUAUCCUACAGUCAACACAACAGAGGAAGUGGAGCUUGGACAGAGUCACACUCUGGAAUGUGUGGUACAUUCUCCUAUUGAGUUAAAGGUUGUGGCAGUGGUGCAGUGGUACAUGCAUCAUGGUGGCAACAUGGAGAAUAUGACUCUACUACACAUGAAAGAGCAACGAAUGAAGAAGGUGACACAUGCAUUCUUGGAGGUCACCGGGAGAGUUGUGGUGACUCCACAACACUUGAACCACAGAUAUACUUGCAUCGCCAGUAAUAGUUUUGGGAAAACAAAUGUCACUAUCCAGCUCAAGAAGAAAAUGAAAGUAAUUUUGCCGUCGCUGGGUGGGCCCAUUGUGUGUUUGCUGCUGGUAGCUGGGCUGGGAAUCAUUUUGCAUAUUAAAUGGCUGGAAGUAAAGCUCAUCUACAGAUCCCACUUUCAACAUGGAAAACACAAUGGAGAUGAGAAAGAGUUUGAUGUGUUUUUGUCAUACGUGGGGAGCCUUCCAUCAGCAGAGGUAGAGGGAGGUUUUACCAUCUCCUCAAAGGAAGCAGCAUGUUUAUCCAGUAUGGACCUGCUGAACUCUGAGGAGGGUAAAGCCACCCAGAGACCAGAAGUGCAGCUACCCCAGGUGUUAGAGGACCAAUGGGGGUAUCGCCUCUGUUUGCUGGAGAGGGAUGUACUCCCUGGAGGAGCAUAUACAAAUGAUGUGGUCCUUGCAAUACACAGAAGCCAAAUGCUUAUCUGUCUCCUGUCAGCUGACUACCUCUCCAACAAUAAUGCUGUGUUUGUACUGGAAUCAGGAGUUCAGGCUUUACUGCAAAACUCUACCCUCAAACUCCUGCUAAUAUGGACCAGUAGAGCCUCAUCCCUCAUCCAGCCGGACCCCCCUUUGCCCACACUGGUCCAGAGGGCCUUGAAGGUGUUACCCAGUAUGGAUUGGACCUCAGGAAAAACUGCAGGAGUCUCCAGCAACUUCUGGAGGUCUCUGCGGGAGGCCAUGCCCAAUCACAGAGUGUCUGAUGUCAGUCAUGCAGGACCAUUAGACUGCCUUACAAAAACAUCUGUGACUGAGUUCUCUGAGUUUGUGUGAGGUGAGGAUCUGAGCACUUGUGCGCGAGCUGAAUCGAUAGGCACAUUGCCAGGGUUGUCCCUACCGUUACACCCUCACCAUGUGAAAAUAAAGUCUGCAGUUGUUGUACAACCACAGAACUCUUGUUAAGCUAAUACAAAUUGUAAGGAAUAAGCUAAAACAUAAGCGGUCUGUAGGUUCCACAAGUCUUAAAAAUCUUGUAAACUUUACUGGUGAGACAGUAGUGACUUUGUUGAUGUAAACUUAACUGUUGUUGCUCUAGAAACAAUAUGAUAUAAAUCAAUUAUAAUCGUAUUAUGAAUGUAUUACUUAUUAUUUAUUAUUAUUAUUAAUUUACCAUUGUGGGAAAAUAAAGCUUGUUUACUGAAAACAUUUAUUUG